CAGUCUAGCUUGUCCUUAUCCCACGUGACCACAGCAUUCUCCCACAAACCUGGAAGCUUCUCUACACUCAGAGCAGUGAGAGACAAACAUGUCGACCCUUCGUUCAACCCAGACCUUGCUGAGGCAGGCGGUACGCUUCGGGAGAACAGCCAGCCGCCCCAUCAGUGGUAAGGCGAGUUCAGGUGCCUACAGGAGUGCACGACCCCUCCUACUGGGCGCCAUCACAGCAGGUGCGCUGGGGUACGGGGCCUACAAGAUCUACCCUGAUGGAGUGCGUGACGCCCUCAAGUCCGUCCAGCCAAUGAAAGUACAUGCUGCCAAUGUUCCAGAGAGCCAGCCUUCUGUGUACUCCCAGGGCAAGGACCACGCCCUCUACCUGUGGAUCAACCUCAAACCCACUGCUAACGCCCGGGAGGUGGCCCGAUCUGUUGCCAAGUUGCAGCGUUACGUUGAUCAGGUCGUUGACCCAAACAUGCGAGACGAGGACGACGAGAUCUGGGCAGGGGUCGGGUUCGGCCCCAACUUUUUUGGACAGGUUGCCGGGAAGACCAGGAAGAACUACACCUACCCCUACAGAAAGGGCGCCCUGGGGGACAUGCCAAGCUCAGGCGGUGAUGUCUUCAUCCAUGCCAAGUCCAACGAGGUGAGCAAGCUGUUCGAGCUGGCCAACCUUGUCAUCAGAGGCCUCCCCAAGGACAGUAUCGACAACUACGAGGACAUCUACAGCUUCGUCUACCAGAACGGCCGAGACCUGUCAGGUUUCAUAGAUGGGACUGAAAACCCUGCUGAUGACGACAGCCGCCAGAGUGUUGCCGUGGAGAAGGAGACCGGAGGCAGCUACGUUAUAACUCAAAAAUGGCUCCAUAACUUGGAUAUAAUCCAGUCAGAAAAAGAGCGGACGCUGGAGGGGUGGGUCGGUCGUCAGAAGGGCGACAGCACUGAACUGAGUCGCAAGACGAUCACGUCCCACGUGACCAGGAUGACGGGAGGUAACGCCUUCAACCAGCCGAAGAAGUUCGAGAUCGUCCGCCAGUCUAUGCCCUUCGGCAGCCACGCCAACGGAGCUGGCCUCUUCUUCAUCGGCUACGCUGCCUCCCCCGAAAACUUCGAGUACAUGCUGGACCGGAUGGUAGGAGCUGGUGGUGAUGGCCACAGUGACGACAUCAUGAAGCUGAGCAGGAACGUCAAGGGCACGUACUGGUACUUCCCUGGCGCCCAGGAACUCAAGAAGCUGGAGUAGGGCGUCCAUGGGAUCACUGUUACAGACACAGACAUCACUGGGUGGGAAUCAUUGAUUUGGGGGAGAGCUUUCCUUGAGACGGGGAGGGGAGGUUUUGGGUUAGAGACGAUACUUUUUUACUUGAGGGGAGAUCCUUUACUUGCAAUAAGGUUAUUUCAUGACAUAGGAAGAUGGAGUUUACUUAAGGGACAUCGUUUACUUCAGGAUGAUCCUAUUAAGUUGAGAUCGAUCCUUCACAAGGACGGGGAUACUUCAGAGGGGAAGGGGGUUAUAAAUUCGGUAGGGGACUUCACUGCCACUUGUGAACCUAGUAGAUGUUGGCUUGUUUGUUGAUUGUUGGGGAAUGAAUGGACAGAAUAGAUUUGUUGAUGACUUGAGGAUUUAGUUUAAGUUUGAGGAUUACAGUUUGCCAGACUCAAUGACACAGAUCUGCAGCAGUGUCACGUACAGAAAUGUUCUGGAAUGAACUGGAUAUUAGUGUUUUAGUUGACUAUCGUGACUGAUAGGGACUAUGAAUUACUUAAUCCUUAAAAAUGUUUUGUAGUCUUGGGCGAUUGUGAACGAUGUAACAAGACACAUAUUUUUGUUCUUGCUGGAAAGUACCAAAAGGUGCUGUGGGUUAGUGUAGAGGUUAAAGAGUUCGAUUCCCAACAUGGGUACAAUAUUUGAAGCCCAUUUCUGGUGUCCCGGCAGUGAUAUUAAUUGAUAUUGCUAAAAGCCAUACGACUUGCUACAAAAACAUACUCACUCACUCAUUAAUAACCAGAAAUGGUUUCUGUCAUAACAGUACAUAAAUGUUAUUCUGUCUUUUGUGAACUUCAUAUUUACUGGGAGUGUUUUAGUCGGGUAUGUUUUUCAGCGCGCCUUUUGAGUCACACGAUUUCGUUUUUUUCGAUGCGAAUCGAAGGGAGAAGUGCUCUUAGUCCAACUGUUACCUCUGCUGACAAAACUAAACCCAUAUUCCGUACCUCCAUGGUGGUAACAUAUUUAUGCACUUUACUGUACUGCCCCAAAGCGAGUAUUAUAUAUGAAUGCUUGUUUACUUUUAUUUCAGUUUGAAUUUCUUCAAGAAAUGAUAGGUGACGAUAUCCUUAUACAUUGUCGUAAAUAAAAUAUUUAACGUUA